AUGUUCCGCCUCUCUCGUUACAAGGACUACACACCGCUGUGGUACGACAUCACGCCCCUCAAGCAAACAAGCCGCCGCAAUGCUAUUCGCAUCCUCUCCGUCCUUGCUCUCAUAGCAGUGUCCGUCUCUGCAAAUAUCUAUCUAAUCUACAAGAUCGUCAAGCGGUGGCCUACUGCCCUUGACACCUACCAGCAUCUAAAUCCCUACCCUAUUGUAAAUGAAGAGUUCCUCCGUACACUCAGUUCCCCCUCACCCGAUGAGAAUGCUGUCGUGACCAGCAUGUACACUGACUCGUACGCAACAGCAGUCGCCACUCUCGGCCAUUCUCUCACCCGUGCAAACACCACCGCCCGCCGCCUCCUCUUCUAUCUCCCUGACCACAUCUCCCCGCAAGCGCUCUGCAUCGCCUCUUCCACCGGCUUCGUCCCGUACCCAGUAUCCCGCAUUCCGCCCCCACACAACGGCGUCGGCACCCACGAACGAUUCAUGGAUGCCUAUUCCAAACUGAAUAUCUGGAAGCUUGGCGACGCAGGCAUCAAGGCCGUCGUGCACCUCGACGCCGACACGCUCGUGCUACGCAACUUUGACGAACUCUUCUCCCUGCCCUACAGCUUCGCCGCCGUGCCCGACGUGUACGUCGGCUCGCACGGAUUCACGCUCGACAUGAACACGGGCGUGAUCUUUGCCCGGCCCGACAUGGGCAUCUUCGACGACAUGCUCCUCAAGAUGCAAAGCGCGACGUACGAUGGCAUCCAGGCCGACCAGGCGUUCUUGAACGUCUAUUUCGCGGCGGACGCGUUGCGCCUCCCGUAUGCGUACAACGCCAACCUGGCUAUCAAGAAGCGCAAGCCGGACCUGUGGGCGGACCUCCGGCCUCGUACGCGCAUUGCGCACUACACGCUCGUGAAGCCGUUCGUCGCAGAAGAGGACAACACCGGGGUGCGUAUUUUGAGGAUGAAUGAGCUGGAGGAGAACGUCAUCAGGCGGAUGAGCGAGUUUGACGGCGCGUUCGAGGAGGAGCUGAUGGACUGGUUGAGGAUAUGGCGGGACACGUACAAGACAUACGGCGACGCGCUGAGAGAAUGCGUAGAUGAUGCAACUGGUGCCUCAUAA